AUGGCAAUAAACCAAUUUCCAGUUCCAAAAGGUGAAUUCGAAACAACGUGUAUGAGUUUUGUCAGAUCAGAUUCAGCGCCGUACAAACAAUGUGGACCAGGUGAAAGAAAUCAGAUGAAUCAGGCCACAUCCUAUUUAGAUUUAUCUGUUGCAUAUGGAAGUACAGAAGAAGAUACGUCUCGGAUUGUUGACCAAACCACAGUUAAAGCUACUCGCGACGAGAAAUUAUUUGGAGUUGAUGGAAUUAGCAGAUGGAUGACAACUGAGUUAGGUUUUCACGCAGACAGGUUUAUAGCAGAUUCAAUGAGAAACAAAUUAUUUGAAACAAGACCAGGAAAUGGAUUUGAUUUGGCAGCAGUUGACAUUCAACGUGGUAGAGAUCACGGGAUACCGUCAUAUAAUGCUUUUAGAAAAUUUUGUGGUCUAAAGCCAGCCGGCUUAAUUAAUUCUGGACCUUUUGGUUUGCCUGAUCACGAUCCAGAAGCAGCAAAGUUACUUUCUACCAUUUACAAACAUCCAGACGAUAUAGAUUUAAUGGCUGGUGGUAUUUCGGAGAUAAAUAUGAAAGAUGCUUUGGUCGGACCAACUUUUGGUUGUUUGAUGGGACUACAAUUGAUGUACUCCAGAGUAGGAGAUAGAUUUUUUUAUGAAAACGAAUUCUUACCAACAGGAUUUACUCCAGGUUAG